AUGGCAAGUUGUAGUCUCAAGUGUAGUAUGUUACCAUGUGUACACAUACAAAAUAGAAAAAACGAAAUUAAUUUAGAACACUCCAAAGAAGGCACAAUACAAUGUUAUAAAGAUGAAAUAAAUAUUAAUGUAGAAACGAAUAAUGUUAAAAGUACAGUUAAUAACAGUAACAUAUAUGAAAACUUACCUGACGAUUUAAAUAUAAAAAUUGAGAAUUGCAUUAACAGUGACAUGAACAUGAAUAGGGGAAGCAUAGAAUGCGCACAUAUUGAGAUAAAUUUAAGUGGAAGCGAGAAUAUGAAUACAAGCUCGAGUGUAAAUGGUAAUUUUGUUGCCAAUUUAAGCGAUAAUAUGAAUGGAAAUGUGAACUCCGGCACAACCACCGAUAUAUCUACCGAUAUGGCCAUUGAUAUGAAUAGUCCUAUUUGUGUAAGGGAGAAAAAGGAGGAUAUUAUGAACUCGAAAUUUAACUUGACUAUGGGUUCCAAACUAAAAAAUUUUAACCCGGAGGAACUUAAGGCGUCCUUCGAACAGGAUCGGAAGGACAUUUUGUUGAACACAUAUAACCACUAUUUUUUUAAUAAUUAUGGGGAUAUAUAUGAGUGUGAUAAGAAAAGCCAAGAUGACAUGCACAUACAUUAUUAUAAACGAAUAUCCCUUAAUUUUAUGAAUUGUAAUUACGAAACUGAAUAUAAGCAUUACUAUAAUAAUAACAUAACGGAUGAAAAACCAUGUCAAUUAAAAUCUAAGAAGUGCAGCAAUAAUAAUCUUUUUUUCCGAACAAAUUCUUAUGACAAUGUAUUUUUAAAAAAGAUAAAGAUUACUAAUGUUGAUAAUAAAUGUAGUAAAAAAAGUAUCAAAAAAUAUAAAAUUCCGUUUGAGCCAAAUUUUUAUAGUAACCGUUUCUUCUUUUCGGACAAAAACAUAAAUGAAGAUCUACGCCCAUUAAGUGAUAAUUUUACAGAGCAUCGUAUCCCCUUGUCAAUUAGUUAUAAUAACACUAACAAUAACGUUAGUUGUGACAAUAGGUCCAUAAAUAAUGCUACUAAAAGUAUUGCGCAUCGAAAUCCAAAUGGCAAUAAAAAUCGUAGCAAGUGUAAUUAUCCCAGUAAUAGCAUUAAUGGUAGCAUAAGUAAUAGCAAUAACUCCCCAAAUCCGUACUCCUAUAUUCUGCGGUUCGAGGGGCCUCCUCCACAUUUUCUCAUAUUGAAGUACAACAGAAAUACAAAAAAAGCAAAUAUAAUAAAAAAAGUGCCAGUGAAUAAGCACAUCUCGUUCAAUCUAGCCAAAUUUAUUGCAGAAAAAUACAUUCAAAUUUUGAGGAAAACUUUGAAAAAGAAAAAAAAAAAAAUGAAAAAAACAAAGGACGCUGACGGAAGGGUAGAAAUAAAAGGGGAAGCAAACAAUGGAAUAGAAGAAUAUCACAGUAGAAGUAAUGAUGAUUCUCGCAGCAGAAGUAAUGACGAAUCACCUAGCAGAAGUAAUGACGAAUCACCUAGCAGAAGUAAUGACGAAUCACCUAGCAGAAGUAAUGACGAAUCACCUAGCAGAAGUAAUGACGAAUCACCCAGCAGAAGUAAUGACGAAUCACCUAGCAGAAGUAAUGACGAAUCACUCAGUAGAAGUAAUGACGAUUUUCACACCAGAAGCAAUAACGGUAUCCAGCAUGAAAGUAACAAAAUAUAUGACUCAAAAAAGAACACAUAUUAUAACAACAAAACAAACUGUGAAAGCAAUCGUGACAACUAUUUAAAUUUCAAUACAAAUCAGCAUGAGGGCUACGAUGAUAAUAAUAAUAAUAAUAAUAAUGGUUGCAGCAGCCAUAACAGUGAAGACAACGACAAUUAUAACAGCGAAAACAGCAUCUUCAAUAAUAACAUAAACGGAAGGGGUAAGGGGGAAAGCAAUAAUAAUAGGUGCAGUAGCGACAAGAACGAAGACAAUAACUCAUAUUGUUCGAUAAGUAAGUCUGACGAACCCACAAAUAAUGAACGCCUAAAUGACGAAGGGAAAAUUUACAAAGCUUCCCAUAGUAAAUUACCAUUUGACAAUGAAAUAUUAAUUAACGAAAAUUUUGAAUAUGAUUCUGUUAGCGAUCUCCAAAACAUAGAUAUAAAUUCCCUAAGCUACGAUAGUGACAGUUCAGAAAAUGUGUAUGAUGAAAAAUUGUGUACAUAUGAAUAUUUAAACAUAGAUUUAGAUAAUGUUGUUUUUAAUACCGAUACUGAAAAGUAUAUAAAAUUUUUAAGUAAUAUAAAAAUUUAUUACUUACAAAAAAUGGAUGACAUGAAAAAGAAUCCCCUAAAUUGCAAUGACUUAUUAAGAAAUAGGAUAGUAAUUUUGGUAAAAAUAAAAUACAAUACUUGUGUAAAAUCGAAAAUAUUUAUUUUUGAGAAUGAAGAGGAUAUGCAGAGUGAAUAUGAAUACGUGGAUAAUGAUUCUUUUGGGAAUAUGGAACAAUGCGGAAGUAUGAAUACGAUGCAUUUUAUGCUAAACGGAAAAAGUGGAAACGGCAUUAAUACGCACCAAACCAAUCGCACAAAAAGUGAAACAAACAACACUUGUUCAAGUGCAUACAAAAACAAUGAUUCGUCAAAUAGGAAUAUACAUUUGAAUGCGCGAACAACAAAUGAAAACAGUGGACAGAAUGAACUAAAGGAAACAGCGCUUUGCGAAGGCGACAAUUCGAAUGGUGAAAUAAACCUUAAAAAUGAAAGGAAAGAUGAUAGUGAAAGUAAAAACUUUGUGAUAAAAAAUGCUGAUAUCAAUGUAAACUGCAACGACAACCACAAUGAAUUAGAAAUAUUAAAAUUAGAACAUAACGAUUAUCUGUUACAUUCAGGUUGCGCAAUACAGGAACAGGCAGUGAAGGAAGAAAAAUCGGAAAGGUAUACAAUGACGUUUGAUACAUAUAACGCUGAUAUAUGUAAAGGAAAAGAGAGUAACAAUUUAGGAAUAUCGCAAAAUAUAGGCGUAGCAACUAAUUUCAAUAUUAUGGAAAAGAAAGAAAAUAUAUAUAACACUAUAGAAAUAGCAGGUGAAAAAGGAGAUAAUGAAAUUAAUGAAAAAAAGAAUAAAAGAAUAUCCAUUAAGUAUAAGAGAAAAAUUAUCAGUUUUAUACGUAAUAAUGUAUAUAUAAAUUCGUAUAUAUAUGACUGUUUUGAAAAUACAUAUAUGAAUAAGAAAUUUUUUAAAAAUGAUGUAAUUAUAGUUAAUAAUAGUUAUACAGAAGAUCAAAUGAUAGAUGAUAUUCCGGAUUACAUAUAUGAAUUAAACAAAUUUGUGUUUAUCAAAUUUACCAAUUUUGAAAACUAUGUAAAGAAGAACCACAAAAUAGCCGAAGGGUAUGUACAAUAUUUAUUACAAAGUAGUAUAAAAUGUAUAAAUAGAUAUAUGAUAGGUAUAAGAUGGGUACCAGAUCUUUUUGCUUAUGAAUAUUAUGUGUGUAAAAUCACUGAAGGUAAGUCAAAAGCUCGGGAAAAUAAAAAUAAUGUGAAGUAUAAUUACUCCUUGACAUUACAAAAAAAUUCGAAUGAGAAAAAUUUUAAAUAUUUAGUUGAUUAUGAAAAUAAAACUAUUGAUAAUGUAUUGUGUGUUUUGCAUGAAUAUUAUCAAGCAAGUUUAUUUACGGAGAAAUGUAUCUACAAUUUGUUUAAAUUAGUGUUGCUGCGGGUUAGUAUGUACAUUGGGAUAUUUAACAACAAAGUUAUUACUUUAGAUCUUGACAAAGCCAUGUAUCGAAUGAAGAAAUUUUCGGAACCAAUAAGUUUAUAUGAUAAUUGCAUGGCUCCCGAAAAUGAAAACAAAUCUAAAGGGAUAGAGAAGUUACUUGUGCAGGAUGGUAGUGCUCUUGAUAACAUUGUGUUCGAGCAGAAGAAGGAGAAUUCGUACAGCCCUAUUUAUGUAAACGAUUCGAAUGUCCAUUACUCCAAUGGAGGAUAUAAUAACUUCUACAAAGGAGCAUGUACAGGGUUUUUUGGAGGCAGAAAUAAUGGCAUCCAUGAGGAAUUGCAGUACGAUAUUCUUCAUGAUGCAAAUAACAGCGAACGCAACAGCAAUGAAGAUAACAUGAUGAUGAAAUCCGAGGAGGAAAAGGACGAUUUUGCAAGAAGAAAAAGCACAAAUGCUUACACAAGCAUCGUUGACAAUGAGGAGGAUGAAGGAAAAAGGAACGGCCAUAACAAUCAGGAGGAAACAAAGGCAAAAGUGACAUCAGAUAGUGAUGUGAAUAACACACGGCAAGUCUUUGAUAAGUACAAUGAUUUGUUCAUCAAGAAAGAAAACUACGAAAAUGAGAUAUAUUUACAAAAUAAAUUAAGGAAUAAAAAGAAAGUUAGUUAUAACUUAGAUAAUACAUCACUAUCGUUGAGAAGAACUCGGCAGAAAAGAAAAAAGUUUGGUUUAUCAAAAGGUAGAUCCGAAGGGGGUAGCAAUGAAGUUGGAGGAAGAACAUGCGAUGAUGAUGAACCCUUCAGCAUAAAAUAUUACAGCUCUUCCGGAGAUAACAAAUUGGGAAAUAUAAAUAAUCAGAAGAAGGAGCACUACUACUCAAAUGUGAGUGAUUUUAGUGGAACCUCCCAUUUAACUGCAAAGCAUAAAUAUCACUUGCGUAGUAGUAAUGCACAAUCUACAGACAAUUGCUCAUCAGAGGAUUACGUACCAAAAAUAAAACUAAGAAGUAAUAAUAAAAGGAGCAAUAGAUUAUUAUACAAAUUAAUGAAUAAAAAUGGGUUGAUAGAACCAUAUUGGUGGUUUUUUUACAACUUGUAUGAACAUGCGACUAUACAUGAUAGUGGUAGUAGUUGUAGCAGCACGAAAGAGAAGAAGGGCUUGGUACGUUCUUUAAAGUUGAGAGGGAUGAAAAGUGGUGAUGUUUCAGAUAUCCAUGCAGGGUUCAGAAAAGGGGAAAGAAAAAUAAGAUUAUUUAGUAGUAGUAAAAAAUCCAGAAGAGCCCAUGAAAACAGUGAAAAAUAUAUCUACAAUAAAUUGUUAGAAAAAACGUAUAAUAAUAAUCUACUAAACUAUUUUUGUCAGAAAAAGAAUAAGAUAAAAAUAAAGUACAUUUCAAUGGUUCAUGAUAUUAUAUAUAAAAAAUUUAUUCUAUUAAACAAUACAAUAUUCCCAAGAAAUAUGCAUGAAUCAGAAAUACUAUACACCUUGUUUCCCCAUGAAAUUCAUACUUUUAUGUUUUUGCACACGGAUGAUAAUUUUCAAUACCAAAAUGAAACAUUUUUGAAAUAUGUAACUUUUAGUGAUUGUUUGAUGAAUGUGAACAAUUUAGGAGAUAAUAGAAAAGGUGGAUUAAUGAUACAAGAUGCUGAUGGUCAACUGAUCGGAGGAGUUUUUAAUUUUGCUUCUGGAGGUGUAGGAGGUCAUAUAUAUAAAAGUGAUCGUUUUUUAUCGCUAGAUCCAUGUAAUGCAUUACAAAAUGGUAAUAUAAAUAUGAAUGUUCAUAUUGGAAAUAAUGGAGGAAUAGAUAAAGAUUUUUAUGUAGAUCAUUUAAUUAUAGGCGGAGAUGAGGAGGGAUUGAUUGGCACAUCAGCGAAUGUAUUGCUAACAAAUGGAAACAUAAAAUAUUCGAGUGUUCCUAAUUAUGAUAAGGUGAAAAGUAAUAGAAGAGAUGUCUAUUUUGGAAUGAAUGAAAUUGGGGAACGAUUAGGAUCUCAUGGAUAUAAUAAUGCACUAUUAAAUAUUGGUGAAGGAGAGGAUGGAUUGAAUAAUAUGGAAAAUAUUGGUUUUAGGAACUAUGACAUGAAUUAUCAUUUUAAUGGAAAUAAUGAUUAUUAUUGCACGACGAAUGAGAUUAUUGGUGAUGUUGCUGGAAGUGGUUUUGAAAACGGUUACCUGGCGGCAUCUAACAACUCGGAGAAUAAAGUAUUCGGUUUUGAAAGAAGUAGAAGAGAAAUUAAACCAAAUGAAUAUUACGAUUAUUUUAUGAAUGACAGAAAUUUGUUAAGUGGAAAAAAUAAAUUUCAUAACAUUGGUGAGAAGAGAAGCGUUUCGAAUACUACUUUCGGAAGGGGAAGUAAAUAUUAUGAUAAUUUUGGAGAUGGCGAUGACAAAAAAAACACGAGUGAUAAUGAUAUAUCUUUAAUAAAGAAAAGGAAGUAUGGCAACAAGAGAACAAAGAGUAAUAAUCUGUCCAGUGUGAAAAAUUUUAGCAAUUUGUGUAAUAGCAACAAAAGUGACAUAAAUAAUAGUAAUAAUAACAAUAAUAAUAAUUCCAUGAAUAAUGAUCUGAAUGAGGAUUCAUUGAUACCUAUGGGUCCUCUGCCAACAGGUGUGUAUUUCGAUUCUGCUCGAAAAUUGUGGAGAUGUCAGUGGAAAGAAAAUGGAAAAUUUAAAACAAAGGGAUUUAGUUUGAUACAUUACAAUACUCUAGAAGAGGCUCGAAAACAGUGUAUUCUUUACAGAUGUGAUGUAGGAAAUAUACCUGUCAAAAAUGAAUGGUUAAAUCCUGUAUAUGUGAAUUCAUCCUAUUUUAAUAAUAAGAAAUAUGCUAGUAGUACAAAUAAUAACAACACUAGUGCAAACAAUUAUGUAUCAUCAUCCCCCCCACAUAAGGAGUUGAAAACAAGUUCUUUAAAUUUGAACAGAUUGAAGGAGAAAACUAGUACAGGUCGAAAUGGAAAAGGCUUCAUGGAUGGAUCCAGUAAGGAUUCAAGUGAUAACUACUACGGCGUGAUUGGAGGUGGUGGUGUUAGCGUUAAUAGGUACACGACAAGAAACAACACAGCCUCCAGCACAAUGAACGUACAAAAUAAUAAUAAAGAUAAUGAAAUUGACAUUUCUAUAUUGCAAGAGUUUGUUACGAAGAAUAGGGAAAUUCAGAACAGUAAUGAAAAGGGGGAUAUGAACAACAAUGAUAUGAAUGAUAUGAUAGGGAAUAGCUUUUUUUUUGAAAAAGGAAGAAUGGAUAAUACUGAUAUGAAAGAGGUCGAAGAGGAACAAGCGGUAAAUGAAGAAAACGAAGAAAAUGAAGAAGUUAUAUUAACAAGGAGAAAUAAACGAAUGAAAAGUAGCCCGAAUAAUGACGAAAGUUUUAAGGCAGAAAUGAAUUUCGAUUUGAAGAAGCACUACAAGGGUGAUAAUUUAACACAAAAUUUGGAAAAUAUGGAAAAUUUAGAAGCUCUUCGAAAUGCAUUUAAUAAAGAUUUUAUGAAGGAUGUGCAUAAUGGAAACACGAAUAAUUUUUUCAUAGAAGGAAAGGAACUAGGAGCUAUCACUAAUGAGUAUGAUACUGUAAACGGAAGUAGUCCUGAAAAGAGCAAUAGUGUUCUUGGUUGUAAUAUUAACAAUUUGACAGUGAACGGAAUACAGAAACUACUGAAGAUGAUGAAUUAUAAUGAAGAGAGGGGUGAAGAAUAUUUGUUGGAGACGAAUAUUAACGGAUUUAAGAUAGAAAAUGGAGGAUCAGCAGCGGCCUGGGAGGAGGGGGGAAUGACAAACAACGGAGAUGUGAACAAUCUCGUUAACCAGAACAAGAUUGAUGAAGGCACAGGAGGAGAAAUACACAACAUGCCGAAUGCUGUUAAAAAAGAGUUAUUGAAUCAGAGUGAGAUGGAAAUUAACCCACCCUACCAUGACGAUAACCGGAAUAAUGACAAUGAUAAUAAUCAUAGGAGCAAUAAUAGUAAUAAUAGCAAUAAUAGCAACAAUAGUAAUAAUAGUAACAAUAGUAACAAUAGUAAUGGUCGGAAGAAGGGGAGAAAAUACCAUGAGAACAACAAGGCAUUGGACGGAACUACGAGAAAGUACGUAAAAGGAGAAAAAAAGAAAAAUAUGAAAUUGGUGAAUGUCGUAAAUUCGAGAAACGCUGCAGGAAGAAAGUCAAUCUUUUUGAAUGAUAUAGCAGAUAAAAACAAUUUUUUAUUAAAUAGCAACAAUAUUUGCGAAAGUAUAUCUAACUUUGUUAAGCAUGCGAGUGAAAAUAAUGAAUAUUUAGCAACAUCUGGAAAGGGAGGAGCUACCAUUGCACCUACUGGGAAUAUGCGUGAAUACUCCUUGAAUAAGAACUAUGAGAGAAAUGAAACUGUUCCAAGCAGAAUGAAGGAAUACGAUGGUAGUAGUAGUAGUAUCGACAUGUUGACGAAGAACAAGGGGAUAAGCAAUGGAGUUGGGAAGAAUGAAGAAUUGUCACUUAGGAAUAAUUGCCCAGAUAUAUUCUUUCAAGAUAUUCAGAAUUUUUUAAACUUUGCUAAAGAGAAAGAAGAGUGCACAUACAGAGUUAACAAUGUUGAUGGUAGAGGAGGCAAUAAUAUCGAUAACUUUGGCAAUGCUGAUACGAAUAGUGGAAUUGAAGGGGGAGGGGAAGUUAUUACUGGAGGAAAUAUAGGAGAAUUGGUUUACUUUAAGGGAAGGAAUCAGAAUAUUAGUAGCAUCCCAAACAGGAAUGAGUAUGACAAUUAUUUGAGAGCUAUCAUGGUUCAGUACGAGAAGGAAGAAAAGGUAAAGCAGCAGCAAAGAGAACAGAAGCAGAAGAAGCAAAGCCAGAUGAAGAGUGAUGAUGCUGAUGGGGUCGAUCAGGUCGUUAGUGGCAUCGUGGGCACUAGGAGUCAUAAAGAAUUCUUAACGUACGACGAGAAUUUUAACAAUGUUGCGAAUAAUAAUAAUCAUAAUCAUUCACAGAAUAACAGCAACAAUCCUACGUAUGCUAAUUAUGUCGAAAUAAACAAUGGAGAAAACGGAUGUAGUGAUGAUAGAAAGAAUGAUGAUUAUAAUAAUCUGAGGGAGGAUUGCAAUAAUGAUAGCAGCAUUACCACUAAUACUAAGAAUAUUAACAUUAGCAGUAACAAUGGGAAGGGAGAAAAGGACAGUAAUAAUAAGAAUCAGUCUGAGGGUGGAUUUUUUCAGAAAUAUUUGAGCUUAUUUAGUAGGAAGCAAAAUGAAAAUAACAAUAAGAAUACAGAAGAGUAUAAUAACAAUAAUAACAAAGUAUCGGAUGAAGUGGUGGCAGAUGAUAAUUCCAAGUAUAUAGAAUAUCAGAGUCCAGAAAAAGAAACUAAUGAUUACAAUACGAGAAAAAAGAAAAAGGGAAACAUUGGGUAUUCAUUCAUGAACAAUAAUGACUAUUAUUACUACGAUGAUGACAACUUUAACGAUGAAAACUUCAACGAUGAAAACUUUAACAAUGCUAACUAUAAUGAUGUUAAUUAUAAUGAUGUUAACUAUAAUGAUGUUAAUUAUAAUGAUGUUAAUUAUAAUGAUGUUAAUUAUAAUGAUGUUAACUAUAAUGAUGAUAACUUUAACAAUGAUAACUACAAUGAUGAUAACUUUAACGAGAAUGGGUAUGGAAGUAGACAUUUUGAUAAUAACAACAAGUUACAGCAGAAAUAUCUAGAUAAAUUUAAUUAUGGCUCCAGAACUUCUUCUCCAUCAUCCCAUUUAAAGAAAAAAGGAAAAUCGAAAGGUGGUAAUAAUAGCAGUAUUAUUAAUGGCACAGGAAAUAAUAACAACACCAUGGGAAUUUUGUCAGAUAAUGAACGAAAGCUUUUAGAAGGAAAAGGUAAUAAUUACACAUGUAAGAAGAAGAACACUUAUGGAGCAAAUGCUUCUGGAGGGACAGACAUUGACAUAGAUAUGAUAAAGCAAUCCUUACCGAAAGGUAUUUAUUAUGAUCAUGCAAAGAAAUUAUAUAGAGUUCAGUACAUAAUAAAUAAUUCAAUUAAGACGAAAGGAUUUAGUGUUAAGAAGUUAGGACUAGCACAAGCUAAAAUUGAGGCCGAAUCGUUUAGAAACUUUUGCCUUGAGAACGGGUUGCUAAAUUCUCGUAAAAGAAGAAUCAACUCACCCUAUAACAAAAAGGAGGAGAAGAACUUCAAAAUGAUAAAGGACAACGAGGAAAUUCUGUCAAAUUUGUUGUACUUGUACAAUUCAAACAAUGACAAUCAGCCGGUGCAGUGA